AAAUAUCACGGGCUGAUUAACGCAGCGGGUCUACAUUUGUUAUAUACAGAAUCGUUUUAACAUCUAGAACGGACAGUGGUGGUGACAGUCGUGCUUGGAACACACCAGAUUGUGUUUCCGGAGAGUGUGAUUUGGCCAGGUGUAAUAGUGGACGCAUGGAAACCAUGGGACACAAGAAAAUAUUCCAGCCGAAGAUAGUGAAGGUUUGCCCUGUCGAGGACGGUAAAGGCAUUUAUAUAGAAUGGACGGUUCCCAAACAGCGAACCUCUCCGCCAGUCAUUGGAUAUACCGUGGCUUACAGGAGAUGUGAACUUGAUAUCGACUUCAGUACACGGGCAGCUCUAGGUGGCACCACCAGCAACAUAGUUGUCUCCCCUUCUAAGGCUAGUUCGGUGUAUGAAAUAAAGGUGGCAGCGUUCAGCUACAAGGAGCAGGGAGAAUACUGCCCGCAUGUCAUUUGGUCAUUAAAAGACAAGGAAGAGAUCAAGUCACCGCUGGCAAAACUUAUUCCAGUACCACGGGUUAACAAGCUGACAACAACCGAUAAAGGACGAGGAGUUCUGAUACAAUGGGAGGUAAGUCACUAUGACAUCGAUAAAGGACGAGGAGUUCUGAUACAAUGGGAGAUUCCAAAUGACGUCUCAUCCGUCAUAAUAGAGGGGUUCCUCAUAGCCUACAGACAAUGCGGCCUCGGAUCUACGAAUCAGGUCAAACUUGUACCCGGAAGUGACGUGUCUAUGCAUGUGAUCGCAGGACUACAGACGUGCACGCUUUAUGAGCUGAAGGUAGCAGCAUAUAUUGGCGAGGGAAAGGGGCGCUACUCUAUACCGAUGAUCAUCCGGACAGGAGUUCAAACUCCAGAAACCAUGCUUAUUCAGAAAUCAACAGAGCCUCGUUAUGUCCCGAAGAUAGUGAGGAUGUACCCAGUCACUGACCCGGCAGGCAUUUACGUCAAGUGGACACCGCCUAGCCAAUACUUCGGUCCAACAAUAGCUGGGUAUGUAAUAGCCUUCAGGGAGGCCAAGUCACCAGACAAGUGUUUCCAGACCUGUUACAUCCGGGGAAUCAACACAUCAUUCCACAUCAUCAAAGGGGUCCGAAAAGGGGUGGAGUACGAGGUCAAGCUAGCUGCGUACAAUCCGUCCGGAGACGGACCCUUUUCUCUCGCGAAAUUGGUCCGCAAUUCAGGACAGAGAAUCAGCAGCAUUCAAGUCAAACAGAUUCUCAAGAAAAACAAGAUAAAGCUGCCCACGUGAGACGUUACUGACGACAUAGUUCAUUGUUGUGUGUUUGUUACAAUAUAAUGAUGACUCAGUGCUGGCGCUGUGGAAUAUACCAUCAACCAUUGAUUAUGAU